AUCAAGGAGUCCAUACUCUUCACCCACUCAUGUCGUUCCCGUGAGGCGAUCGCCAUCUCCGAAACCGGCGGCUAUCAAAAAGCGCCGAUCGCUAGUACGCCAACAUCCUCCACCGACGCCCUCCAGUGCACAUGCGGCCCUUCCUCCAUCGGUGCAUUCCUAUGGUUCCAUGUACAACGGGAGGACGACGCCAGAUGCUUGGCCAGCACAACAUGGCCCUGUGACCUCGCGGAUUCACCGCUUACGGACUCAAUCGACUCACUCUCUUCAGCAGCAGGCAAGAGAGACUACAGAGCCAUCAAAACAUCACAUCCACUCAUCGCAUAGUGCUGCACGACGACCUGUCGUCACAAGGUGCAACUGUGACCUGAGUAAUCAAAUACAGAUUCCGCAGACAACCAAAGUGUCGUUUCCACGUGGAAGGAAGAAGAAGGCAUUAUGCAUUGGCAUAAACUACAAAAACCAGGAUAGAGAGCUUCGUGGCUGUGUGAAUGAUGCUUGGAACAUGGCAGAAUUUCUAAAAUGUCCGUCCAUUUUCAUCCUCUCUUGUUUACUCAGUAUCAAGCAACGCAACCAUGUGACAGCCUUCUGGAAUUAUGCGAAAGAGGACAUCAUGGUGCUCACAGAUGAACCAUACAAUAUGAAAUACAUGCCGACGAGACGGAAUAUCCUCAGCGCAUUAAGAUGGUUGGUGGAAGACGCCCAACCUGGAGAUUGCUUAUUCUUCCAUUGUGAGUCACGUAUUCGGAAUUCUACUAAACGAUUGAUGAUGUAUCCAGACUCUGGACAUGGAGGACGAAUCAUCGACUUGAAUGGUCGCCGUGUAGAUGGUCACCGUGUAGAUGGAUUUGAAAAGGGUGAUUGUCACGAUAGGUUCAAUUCUAAGAAAUGCUGAUCUGCAAACAAGCUAUUCAUCCAGUUGACUGGGAGUGGGCUGGUGAAAUUAUGACCGAGGACCUUUACGAUGUGAUGGCAAGUAUCGAUAACGCGAACUGUAAUGUUGACAUUAACUUUGGCAUAGGUCAAACCCUUGCCUACUGGCUGUCGCCUUACUGCAUUGUUUGACGUAAGUUUUAGUUGCCAAUCUUCACGUUGGACAGAUGAUAUCAUGAACACUAGUCAUGUUAUUCUGGAACCGUCCUUGGUAUGAAGCGGUCAUAUUAUCAUGUUGUGUGUCUUGUUUGAUCUAUUUCGCGCACAGACUUACCGCACAUC